AUGACCUCCAUCUACACGUCCAACAUCAAAAACCAUAGGCGUGCACCGCCGCCACCGGGCGCCAAUGCUGACACCAGCGUACCUUUCACUAUGGCAGCAAGAAAACAAAGUGGAUGGGUGUAUUUGAAAGACGACGGCAUUUUUACGUCAUUCCGUUGGAACAAGCGGUAUAUGGCAAUUUCAGACCGUACCCUCAAUUUUUAUAAGCUGGAACCGGCACCUGGUGACUUGUCGGCCGAAGUGGACUUGCUGUUUCCUUUGAGUUUCAUCAGUGCCAUCAACUUGAAACCCAACUCAGGCUAUAGCAAGACUUCCUACACCAUAGAAAUUGCCCCCAAGAAUGGAAACAAGCCCAUGUUGGUGUCCAUCAAGAACAACAACGAUUAUUUGGAUUGGCUCGACACCUUCACCACCAAAUGUCCAUUGGCCACCAUUGGCCAGAAUGGUGUUACGGGUCCUGGCAAUACUGGGGUGUCCAACCCCAUAAACUUCACGCAUAAGGUCCAUGUGGGAUUUGAUCCUGCCAGUGGCAACUUCACGGGUUUGCCUGAGGCAUGGAAGAGUAUGCUUCAGCAUUCGAAAAUCACCAACGAGGACUGGAAAAAGGAUCCUGUGGCCGUCAUAGAGGUGUUGGAGUUUUAUUCAGACAUCAACGGCUCUAGCAACAACACGCCUGUUUCUUCUCCGGCGCUUAAUGCUAAUACAAGGGCAAAGAUGAACUUGCAAGAUUGGACAAAGCAUCCAACUGCCAAGUCUCCUCCAGAUUCCUCAGAUCUCAGACCGACCAGAGCAGCUCCCAAACCGCCAGUGCCAUACCACCUCGCUAAGCUCCAACUGCUGCUGCUGCUGCUGCUGUUGUCGUCGACACUGCUGCAGAAUCCACAGCCAAUCAAGGACGAUCUUUCACCUUUGACUAAUCUAAUGAACGUCCAGAAAAACGACGACUUGGUGCCGGGCAGAAGGGCUCCUCCUCCACCCGUUCCAAGUUCAUCUGCGUCAUCUAUAGCGGGAAGCUACCGUGAGAAGCCGCAGCUUACGUCAACAUCAAGUUCGUCUCACAAUCAGAAUGCUGGUCUCAAAACGCCUGCUGGUUUAGGCAUUUACACACAAGCACCGAGAACGGCGCCACCAACAUUACCUCAUAACGUUCAUCCAAAUGUUAAGAUUCAAACACAAGACAACAAACCUGGAUUGUCGUCCCAAACGAGCGUCGACCAAGGGAGAGCACAUGUUACCCCAAACCUUAAACAAUUGACCUUGAAGGCAUCGACGCAGAACACAAUCGGCGAAAAGCCUAAACCCCCGUGA